AUGGCGAGAUCAGAAGCUUCAAUUGCCGCUGCGAAUCACUGGGGGAAUAAGAGCGAGGAAAAUGUUGCAGACUCAAAUAUUGCGGAGCCAGAUACUGACUAUAGUGAUAACGAGGUAAUUGAGAUAAAAUCUGAAGAUGAAGAUGGGGUUCAAGCUGCUACUUUACUGGAAGGUGAAGAGAGUAAAGGACAAGUAUCAGAAGGAAAGGAAGCAAUGAAAAAUGUGUCUGAUAAACCAAGUCCUUUCCACUUGAUGGAGACCCCCAGUUUGAAAAUUCCAAAAGAUGGCCUUUCUUUGGAGCAGUUAAUAUCAGACAAAACACUUUCUUCCACUUUCCAAUUCAACUUCACUAUCCAAGUUCCUUUCUUUUUGCACCAUAUUGCGAAAGAAGCGAGUCCAGAAAUCACCUUUAUUACAGGCACCGAGAACUUACUAGAUGAUCCCAAAUUGAUUGAGGAUAAGAAGUUGAUAUCGAAGUACAAGAUAAGUAGCUUGGUGGCCCAUGUCCAUGAUAUGUUUGGAUCGCAUCAUACUAAGUUAAUGGUAAACUUUUUCGAAAAUGACUCAAAGGCUGAAAUAAUUAUCUCGUCUGCUAAUAUUACCAUACUCGAUUAUGGUGCAUUGACUCAGAUGUGUUGGAGAUCUGGUAAACUAAGUAAAGGAAAGACCAAGUCUGGGAGCCAAGGAGAAAUCUUCCAACGAGAUUUGAUCCGAUACCUUAGGAAGUACAGGCUAGGUCCAGUAAAUGAAAUGGCAAAGAAAUUGAAUGAAUUUGACUUUUCACUGGUGGAGGUUGAACUAUUUGCGUCUGCUCCUGGAACUUAUGAUAUGUCGUUUGUCACCGAUGAUUCCGAGGUCUACGGAUAUGGCAAGCUAUAUCAAAUAUUGAAGAGAAAUAAAAUUACUAUGUCAAGAGACUUACCACCAGGGGCGGUAUACAAUAUCCUAGGUCAAGUAUCGUCUAUUGCGUCACCAUGGAAAUCAGCAAAGGGAGAUACUGCAUCUGUAUUAACUCAUAUAAUAUGCCCAUUACUAUUCCACUCUAAAGGAACGUUUGUGCCGCUUAUACCGGGCUCACAGCCGUCCAGAGCGAGCCAGAUGUUCUACAAGUAUAAGCCACUUAUAUUGUAUCCAACGGCUAGGGAUCUCUCGAGAAGUGAAAUCGGGUGGAGCGCAGGUCAGGCCACUCAUUUCAACUAUACCGGGUCCGCUCCAACCAGGGCACAAUACAAACAGAACAUUAAGCCCUAUCUCUACGGUUGGGACUCGGACAUACGACUGGGAGCCCCCGCUCAUGUUAAAAUGUACUUAUGUGAUAACGCAGAUAACUGGAAAACACUAAAAUGGGCUAUGAUGUGUAGCCACAACCUCUCCAAGCAGGCUUGGGGAUACCCCGUACCGGGCACAGACAAAACAAAAAGAGGAGUAUAUAGGGUGGCUAGCUAUGAAUUGGGGGUAUUCGUUUGCAGUACAAAAGAGAAAACCUUGAAACCAGUCAAAACAACUUCCGGUGCUAGAACAGAUGCCGAUGUCUUGGUACCCUUCAAUUUACCUCCCAGCCGGUACCAGCCUGAAGAUCAGCCUUGGAGUUAUAGAGAGAGUUUCAAAGGAUUAAAGGAUAUAUACGGAAGAGAAUACAUAGGAGUAGACUAA